AUGCUCGACAUUGGACCUGGACUUUACUUUGCAAUAUCAGGCUUGGUGGUAGCUGUGUUGAGCUACUGUCGAAAAUAUUCGCUCAAUCAUUCGCGUCCCCCGCUGCCGCCUGGUCCUACUCCCCUUCCAGUACUGGGAAAUGUUCUCAGUUUGGAUUCCGCUCGGCCUUGGCUGACCUUCAAUGCCUGGAGAUCUACAUAUGGUGACAUCAUUUAUGCCCAUCUCCUCAGCAAGCCUGUCCUGAUCGUUAAUUCUGAGGAGGUCGCGAAGGACCUCUUUGAUCGGCGUUCUAGCAUAUAUUCAGAUAGACCCCAGUCAAUUGUUUACGGAGCCUUCGCUUCAGAUUUUAACAUGGGAUUCAUGCCAUAUGGAAACAGGUGGCGCCUUCACCGACGAAUUUUCCAUCAGUCAUUUCAUCAAGCUGCUACACCUGCUCAUCACGAUGUGCAACUCCGUUCCGCCCACAAAAUGUUGUUCAAUCUUCUACAGGACCCUAGCAAUUAUCCAAGCCAUUUUCAGAUGUUUACUUUGACAUUCAUGCUGUCUAUAAUAUAUGACUGUGAAGCGAAAGCUAAGGACGACCACGUCGUCCACGCCAUUACAAGAUAUGGGGAACUCAUAGUCGAUGGUUUCGCACCAGCUGCUAUGAUGUUAAUGGAAAUAUUCCCUUUCCUUUUACAGCUACCUAGCUGGUUUCCCGGUGCCACAUUUAAGCGAACAUCACUAAAGUGUAUCCAGGCAGGCCAUGAUGUGAAGGAGAUACCCUUUCAGUAUGUCAAAGAGAGGAUGUCUGCCAACGACAUGGGGCCGUGCUUGGUGGCUGAUGCUUUGAACCGGAGCAGUCAAGAGGACGACGUCAAUACAACUGCAGUUAAGGAGGCUGCUUCUGUUGCAUUCACAGGUAUUUUGCCCUUGACUCAGACCACUGCCACCUUACUCGUGUUUUUUCUUGCUAUGGUGCUCAACCCAGAAGUACAAGCCAAGGCGCAGGCGGAGAUCGAUCUAGUCGUUGGCAAAGAUAGACUCCCUAAUUUCGACGAUAGACCAGCGUUGCCUUACGUAGAAGCUAUUUUGCGUGAAACACUCAGGUGGCACCCAGUGAUUCCAAUGGGCGUCCCACACGCAACAACAACCAGUGAUGUCUACAAUGGCUAUUUCAUCCCUAAAGCCUUAAUAUAUCCGAAUAACGAACCUUUUAGGGCAAUGACACACGAUGCAACGAAAUACCCCAGUCCUGACGAAUUCAAACCAGAAAGAUUUUUCCAAAAUGACGGAUCUCUCAACAGCGACACUAUGCGCUUAGGCUUCGGUUGGGGUCGCCGUAUUUGCGUGGGACGGCAUGUCGUGGACGCGUCACUCUGGAUCGCGAUCGCAAAUUUCCUGGCGUUUUUCUCUGUCCACAAGGCCCUUGAUGAACACGGCAUGGAGAUCCCGGUCGUUCCGAAGUUCACCACUGGUUUCACAGUUCAUCCGAAGACAUUUCCCUGUCGCAUUCUCCAGCGAUUCCCUGAUGUGUCUUUGCAGACACUGACACGUUCGACCAACUUGGGUCCGUUGUGUUGA